UCUCGCUAUCCCUGGGGAAGCAAAUAAAGGGAAUGUAAUAUUUUUUGGAACGUCGAACGAACGAUAAGCUUUAUUAACUUGCCAUCGGAGCAAACGAAAUGUGCGCGAUUAUUUUCACGUUGUACCUAAUAUUUAUAGCCUCUGCAUCAGGCGAUUUGCAUCUGAGCAGAAUCGUCGGAGGAGCAGAUGCGGAUAUUAAAGAUUACCCUUACCAAUUAUCGUUGCAAUUCCGAGGUGCCCACGUUUGCGGGGCUGCACUUAUUAGCGAGUUCUACGCCCUUACGGCGGCCCAUUGUACCGAAGGAGUGAGCAUUGAGGAUUUGAGCGUUCGAGUUGGAUCAUCAACAGCAAAUUCGAAAGGUGAAGUUGUGAAUUUAUCAACGUAUUAUCAAAACGAAAAGUACGAUACUUGGAUCGUCGAUUAUGACAUGUCUAUUCUCAAGUUCGUGAAGCCCUUGGUGUUUCGUAAUACGGUAAGACCAAUAGCACUACCAGAUUUAGAUGAAGAAGUUCCGGAGGGAAAAGAAGCCAUUGGUACUGGAUGGGGCAUUACUGUUAAAGGCGGCUCCGUCAGCCGCGUCUUGCAAAUGGUCAAAGUCUACGUCUUUAACCAAGAGGAGUGUCAAGAGGCUUACGGAGAUGCUGAAAUUACCGAAAGGAUGUUGUGCGCUGGGAAUCGAGAAUUGGAAGCAGGCGUGUGUCAAGGCGAUUCUGGUGGUCCAUUGGUUAUUGACGAUAAACUAGUAGGACUCGUUUCUUGGGGUAAAAACUGUGGAGAACGCAGCCACCCUGGAGUCUACACCCGUGUUGCGAGGAUGAGGGAUUUUAUUAUGGAGAAGACCGGACUGUAAAUUUUUCUUAAUAAAAUGAUAAAUUUCCAUUCAGGACACGAGGGGUGUUAUUUAAUAUUGCCCAGCAUAUGAAGGAGGCCAGGACUUACUUUCAUAAUUCAA